UAUUGCUCCCCCUUCGACCCAUUUUAACCCAUGAGCUAGACGUGCACACAUGCCGUACCAAGGCGAGGAACAUGCACAUCCCAGAAAGAUCAGCACAUUUCCGCGAGUGAAAUCGGAACGCGACAGUCAGUAGUGGCGCGCAGGUGGAGCCGGCCGGAGCUGAGCCCAGGCACGCGAUGGCAGGCGGCCACCCGAGGAGGAGCAGCCCUCGUUGAGACGCCCCGCCCCCGGCUCGCCCGUUAGCCCCACCCCCCGCCCCCCCCCACCGUCCCGGCGCCAUGGCCAAUCACCUGGAGCUGCUGAAGGAGCUGCAGCAGCUGGAGAAGGCGCCCAGCCUGGACAGGCUCCGGGCGGCCCAGCGGCGGCGCUCGCAGCAGCUCAAGCGCUGGGCGCUCUACGAGAAGGAGAUGCAGAGCAGGAAGCGCAAGGCCGACAAGCGCCGCGGAGGCGCCGCCCCCGCCGCGCCCGACGCCCGCCACCGCGUCUCCUUCUCCGCCAGCGUCGCCCUCCUCGAGGCCUCCGCCCGCAACGACGCCGAAGAAGUGCGAUACCUGCUGAAGAACAAUGUGAGCCCGGACCUGUGCAACGAGGACGGCCUGACCGCUCUGCACCAGUGCUGCAUUGAUAACUAUGAGGACAUGGUGAAGAUCCUUCUGAACCGCGGGGCGAGCGUGAACGCUCAGGACAACGAGCUGUGGACGCCGCUGCACGCUGCGGCCACCUGCGGCCACGCUGGUCUGGUCAAGAUCCUCAUCAGCCAUGGAGCUGACCUCUUGGCGGUUAAUUCCGACGGAAACAUGCCCUACGACCUGUGCGAAGACGACCCCACGCUGGACAUCAUAGAGACGGCCAUGGCUAACCGCGGUAUCACUCAGGAGAUGAUCAACGAGACGCGGGCCUCUGUGGAGCGGAGGAUGCUGGGAGAUAUACAGGCCCUGCUCCGGGACAAUGAAGACGUCAACCUGCAGGACUCACAAGGGGCUACGCUGCUGCACGUCGCUGCAGCGAAUGGGUAUGUCCAGGCAGCGGAGCUUCUGUUGGAAGGCGGAGCCAGGAUGGACCAGCGGGACUCAGACGGAUGGCAGCCCCUCCACGCUGCUGCCUGCUGGGGUCAGAUGCAGGUUGCAGAGCUGCUGGUUUCCCACGGUGCCAGUCUGAACUCCAAAACCUUCCUGGACGAAACGCCCAUUGACCUGUGUGAAGACGAGGAGUUCCGCGCCCUGCUGCUCGACCUGAAGCACAAGCAUGACAUCAUCAUGAAGUCACAGCUGAAGCACAAGACCUCCCUGUGCCGGCGCACCUCCAGCGCAGGCAGCCGAGGUAAGGUCGUGAGGAGGGCCAGCCUAUCGGACCGGAACAAUCUGUGCAGGAAGGAGUACGAGACGGAGGCCAUCGUGUGGAGGGGCGGGAGGGAGGAGGAGUCCGACCAGGAGAACAGCCAAUCGGCAAAGCCACAGGAGAAGCCCUGGGCCCCACGGCCUCUGAAGGAGGGAGGGAAACAGAAUGGCUCCGUCUCCACGGGAACAGGCUCUCCCACGCACCCCCCCUGCAAUGGGGAGCCCCCCAGUCCGGACCCGGAGCCUCGGGGGGACGCACCCUCACCCCCGUCCCUCCCCCAGACCCCCGAGGAGCCCAGGGAGCGCGCUCAGACCCUGUCCGAACUGAAGAAGCAGAGGGCAGCCGCCAAACUGCUCAGCUACCCCCUGCUCAAUGGUCACCUGGGCAACGGCUCUCUGAAGCUCCCGGAGAAGGAGGCGGGGCCCGAGGACUCCGCCCGCAUGCCGCUGGUCUCGUCCAAUGGCAGCGCCGUCUACUACACCCCCGCCAGCGGGGACCCGCCCCUCCUCCGGCUCAAGCAGCCAAUCGAGGAGGAGGAGGAGGCCAAGGACCGCCACUGCUGCCACGUCUCGUAGGGCGGGGCAAGGGCGGGGCCUCAGCGCUAUGGCAACAAGACCCAAGAUUCUGCCCCCUCCUGGAGAGUGCAAAUGUUCUUAUGGGGUACUGGGGGGAGGCAGUCUGACUGUGUGUGUAUGCGUGUGUGUGUGUGUGAGUAUAUGUGGGUGUGUGUGUGUGUGUGUGUGUGUGUGUGUAUGUGUGUGUGUGUGUAUGUGUGUGUGUGUGUGUGUGUGUGUAUGUGGAUGGUCUAUGCCUGGAUGUUGGUGCACUAGGUUCACAUAAAGGGCCCUCAGUUGAAAGAAAGUGUCAGAGUUUGGAAAUACUGAUCUGGCCGGAGAGGAGAUUCUGAGGAAGCUGUCACCUCCCUGUGAUGUCAGCGCUUCCUGUUAGCGUGAGGCGUUGGUGUGUUAGAUAUUAAAGGUCACUCUGUUCUCCAGCACUAUGACAUGCGGUGCUGUGUUCAGACUGUUCCCACAUGCACACAGUGACCGGAGGCUCCUGCUCACACCAGGCACGUUGCUAGGCAGUGCGGGAGCGCUGUUAGCAUUAGCCACGCCCUCAGACUGCUUGGCUCGCCACCGUAGUUUCCGUGGUCGGGAUUUCAGUUAUUCCAGAGAGGUGAUUUAAGAAUGAUGGAAAAAGUUUUUUUUUUUUUUUUUUUAAAUGUGUACAGUCAAAAGUUGUUAUUUAUAUAUGAAAAGAUUUGUGUAUAGGGGCUACUGUUGAGUGUCGGUUCGGAGGCAUAUUUAAUGUGUGGAGUUGUGGGCGAGAGUGAAAAACCCUGCAUGUGAAUGAAAAAGUGUUUGAAUGAGCUGACCGUGAAUACGGUCCCCUUUAGUACCGGGAGAGGCGUGUUCUCAUACUGUCUGAGUGCGAACUGCGCGUGCUUCGGGCAUGUCAGCACGUCAGAGAGCUUCAGCAUCACGUGAAGGCGUGGGUCCCAAUGAAGGUUUAUGAUACUUGACUUGUGUAUCAAGUAGUCUUGUAAAUUCGGGGGGAAAUCCUGCAAAUCUUUGUCUGUAAUCUUUAAUAAUUUCCCUCGGGCAAAGUAAAGGUCUCUCCGGGCCUGUAUAAAUGUGUUGCUCGACGAUCCGCUGUAAGACUGGUUUGUUCCUCCUCUCCUCGUCCGGCUCUCUGGCGAGGUUUGUGCUCUGUUUGUUUUAUUUCUUUCUCAUCGCCGUUAUUCCUUUUUUAAUCCCCCGGAGCUGCUUUGUGGGUGCGGGCUAUCUCCGCUGAGAAAGCGUUCUCAAAAGGCGAUGUCUCCGCUCCAGUCACCCGUUACUUCCCUGAAUGUUGUCUGUUUGAAAACGCUGAAACCAUCCGGCCGAAGAGUGCUUAUCAGGCUUCCAGGCCCGAAUGGUCCGUGUAGAAAUGAGUAUGUGGGGAUUCUUUUGUUGCGCUACGUGUGUCGCGUCGGUUCUUUGUCGAUGUCGCGGCGUUCAGUGUUCCAGGAACGGAAGGAAGGCUCUCCUGAAAAAAAAGAUACAGGGGGGAGAAAAUGAUGUGGUCGUCUCUGCCACGGGGCCGCCGGGGGCAAGCGUAACCGUCCAAAUUGCGUGUGAGCGUCCUCAGGUCUGUGUGGGGGGGGGGGGGGGUGCACACCACGGGCUCUCCGGAGGUCCGGUCGCGAAGACGUUGAAGGACGAGACCGGUCUUAGAACUGUUUCAGAAUGAAUUUGAUCUGGUGUGAGCUGCUGAGUUCUACUGCAGCCGCUGUAGGACCGUCAGGGUUCUACACUACAGAUUUGAGCCCAGAAUGAAGGAUGAGAAGGGGCACACUCAUCAGUUGUUGCCAUGGAAACAGUUUCUUAACCUCCAUUUUAUGUAGCUGUAACUUAGUAGCAUUCCAGGAAUUUUUUUUUUGUUAUUUUUUGGGGGGGGGGGGGGGUGGUCACUUUUUUGAUGGGAACUGGGUUCACCAGCAUGGGUACCAUGCGAUUAUCUCCAGUGCCAAACUGUGCUGGUCCAGGCUGCCUGUCUGCAGAAGGGCGGGGCUGUGUGCAAGGGGGCGGUUCCCUCUAAGCCCCGCCCUUUCCAGGCUCCACCAAUCCCGGGCUCACACCCCCUUCCCCCACAUCCAAUAAAGUGCCACCUGCACUUCCACACCACCUAUUCUUUUUGUAUAGUGUCAAAGUUCUGUACAGUUGUCUAAAUAGGCUAUAGUUAUUGUUGUUGUUAUUGUGACAAUGACUUUUUUUUUUUUUUUUUUUGAAAGUCAGAGGAUUAUUGGUACUCUGGCUAUGCACAACUUUCAAUAAGUAUGGAAAGUACAGUAUAAUAGCUAGUUUGUAAAUACAAAUGGCUUCAAGAAGCAUUCUGUCCUUGUCUAGGUUACUCCCAAGUUCCCACAAAGUUUAUGUUCAAUGUGUAUAAAUAAUUACGGUAAGAACUGUCUAAAAUCCGAUUUUCAAUUAUGACAGAGCCGUCGAAUACAGUACGGUCAUGAGCCAUGAGCUUGUACGCUUUACAGAUAUACUGUAGAAUACGUCACUGAAUUUAACUAUUGUUCCAGAGCAAAGUAAGGAAUUGGCUAAAGGUUACCUCCGCAAGUCAAGUCUGAAAAAAUGACAUUUCAGUGAAAUGAGAAAGUGGUGUUUCAGCUGUGCGUCUGGCUCUAAAGAGGCUUUUGCUCCUUCCAUUUUAACCCGCUGUGGUUUCAUUCGAGUGCUUCUGGGAACUGGGCGCCGGGGGUUCGUUCCCUGACAGCUGGAAAACCAAUCAGGUUCUCCGAUUGUGUAUUAGAUCUUAUAUUGUUAAGGAGCGGGGGGGAAAAAAACAUAAUUUAAAAACUACUGAUUUUGUAAUUACUGGAAAAUACUGAUGGUUGUAUUAACAUAUUUUGAAUAAAUUGUAUAUUUUGCUCA